AUUCACAUAAUAUAAAAAGUAAUAUUAACCAUUUGUUUAUCUACUGUAGUAGUAUCACAUUCGAUUAAUUUUUAUCAAUAACUUUAUAUUUAUUUAUCGAUAUAAUAAUAUAUUAUACAACAUUUUAGUUAUUAACUUGUCUUAUAAAUCAAUACCACAGCCCACAGGCUGUAAAAAGUUCGUACUAUCAAUAAAAAAACUUAAUAUUUGUUCGGUAGGCAAUUUUACAUUUUUUAUAAUAUAAAAAUAUACCAGUUUGGCCGAUACCGCGAGUCGCGAGGCUUAGCCCAGUUCAUCGACUGCCUGGUCAACACCGUGUCAUACUCGGAAAUCCGAAAUCAGUUUUGUUCCGUUGGUCUUCAGUGCAACACCGUUACAAAGUCUGUAUGAUUUUUUUUAUAUAUUUAAAUUGUUUAGAACUGUCGUGUUCAAGUUUUAUUGACCGUCACUUCCGAUGUGUGUAUGAACCAGUGUUGUUCUUUCGCCGCCAUGAUAUUUAUAUUUUUGUAAUUUAUAUAUACGCGUAACAGAUUAUAGUAUUCGUAUUACCUUCUGAUUCUGAUAUUGCCUCCACCGUCGUCGGACUUCAAACACAUUCAUAUUUCAAUUACGUUAAUUAUUAUCAAAUUAUACGUAAAGGUCGUAAAGUAUAAAUAAAUGAUCUAUCAUUUGAUUUUAAUACGAAAAUUACCAAUGAAUGUUUUUAUAUUAUUUUUAUUGAUCGCGAAAUUGUACCAUCAAGCUGAUUCCAAAGACAUAAUAUUAGAAGAUGAAGAAGAUGUUAUUAUUUCGGUAUAUUUUAAAAGUACAUAUGAUUUAAAUAUAAAAUGCGAUUAUUCAGGAGACUUUAAGACCAAUAGUUUUGAAUGGAAAAAGAUUUACAACAAUAAUAGAUGGACGAACGGAAAAAAGCAAUUAAAUGUAUUUAGCAGAUCACAAUGGUUGAAAUUCGAAGAUUUGAGUGAUUUAGAUUCAGGCCAAUAUUCUUGCAGUAUAAAAAGUACGAACAGGACUGGUACGUUUUACGAAAAGCGUGGAUUUGUUUUGGAUAUAUCUUUAACCGAAGACAAAAACUCUAAAGUAACAUUUCAAAAAGAUUUCACAGAAAAUGUACCGUUAUUAGUUAACAGAACUCUACAUCUUAGUUGUCCAUUUAAGAGUUCAAGUGAUACAGUAUUUUCAUGGUAUAAAGAUGGCAACCUACUCGUUAAAAGAAAAGCAAUACUUGAUGGUAUACAAUUUAUUGAUAAUUAUUACACUUCAAAGUCGGUAAGAUUAUCGGAUGCUGGAAAUUAUAAGUGCGUGGUGAAAAAUAGUAAAGGUUCAAUUCAAUUUAAAUUCAAUGUUGGUGUUUAUGAGGAUAAAAACAAAUUGCCCCCUUCUCUCGAUUACCCACAAGAUUUGCUGUUAAAGACUGGAAUGGUUGCCCAAUUUAGUUGCAAUGCUUUUGAUUAUCAUCAUGGAUGGGCACUCAGAUGGUACUAUUCAAAUGAUACAAAUCUAAUGGAUAUGGACAUAAAAAGUGUGGAUUUCUCAAAAUUUAAACAGUUGAAGAGUAACAAUAAAGUUACAUUGGAAAAUCACAAAUUAAUAAUCGAUUCCGUUACGAUUCAUGAUGCUGGAUGGUAUAUUUGUGUUGCACCAGGAAUCCCUAAUGAUGUAAUGGCUGAAGCUAGAUUGGAUUUGGAGAAAAAAAUAGAAAUGUGUCCGGCUCUAGAAUCAGAUAGCUUAGAUAUUAAAUGUACUCUAAAUGGUAAAUAUGCCAAUUGUUCAAAUCCUUCGCUACCCAAAACAAUAGCUAAACCAUUAUGCAAGCCAACAUAUAUUGUACCAAAAGGACAAAAAGCUACUCCAAAUGAAUUACUUUGUCAGUCUAAUGGAAUGUGGAAUAAUAAUUUAUAUAAUACGUGCAUUCGAAACUGCGGUAGAAUACAUACCAAACACCAAGGAGGUAAUGGUGAGAAAGCAUUUAUUGGAACAACGCCUUGGAAUGUUAUAAUAUAUAAAUUUAAUGCAAGUACUUCCAAAUAUGAAUUACAAUGUGGAGGAUCAAUAAUUACUCAAAAUUUAGUAAUUUCUGCGGCACAUUGUUUUUGGAAAAAAGGUAUGUCUAAAAAUAUAACAAUAACUGAUGGUAAAUACAAAAUCGCUGUUGGAAAAUAUGAUAGAAAUUUUACAUUAAUUCAUAAUAACUCUACUCAAAUAGUGGAUGUGGAAAUGGUUUAUGUGGAUGAAAAAUAUUAUGGAGCUGAAGGUUUUUAUACUCAAGAUAUAGCUGUUAUUGUAUUAGCAAAGAAAGUUUCUUUUAGUAAUGUCGUUGAACCUGUUUGUAUCGAUUGGGAUUAUAAAUACAAUAUAGAGAAUGGAGCUCAAGGAAAGAUUGUUAUUUGGGAAAAAAAGUUAAAUGGAACAAUAUCAAAUCCUGUUUUAUUAGAAGUAUCUUUACCAUAUAUUGACCUUAGUUCUUGUCGAAAUAUGUAUAACAUAUUUGAAGUAUUUCUGUUUGGUGAUAAGUUUUGCGCCGGCUCUACAUUGGUUUCAGGUCAUGGAAUUAACAAAGGGGAUAGUGGUUCAGGCUUAACUUUUUCACAAUCUAGUUAUCAUUAUUUAACUGGAAUAGCGAGUCUGAAGAAUCCAGAGAGUAAUAAUUCAGUCUCAGCUUUUACAGAUCUUAGACCACACAUUCAUUGGAUUCGCAAACUGUAUGACACAUAUGUUUCAUAAUUUUUAUUUAUACAAGAUACAAUAUUUUAUUAUAGACAUAAAUAUUAAAUUAUUUAAAUUAUUUAUUAAUUGAACGGAAUUAUAGUUUUUAUUUUGUAAAUUGUUUAUUUUUUAAUUUAAUUCUUCUUAUUUUUUUUUUUUUUUUUUGUUAGAAUUAAUAUUACCUAAAUUUUAACAUUAUUUUAAAUAUUAUUAUUUUAUUUUUAUUUAGUAUGGCUGUAUCCUAUGUACUUACAUAAAUUAAUAGUGCAU